CCAGGCUGCACUGGUGAGGAUUUUUAUUGCCUUGUGCGGGGAAGUGGUUGGCCAACGUUGUCAACAGUCUGCCACAAAACUGGGUCCAUUUGAGACGGCAUGUUUGGAUUUUUAACGCCAACACCAGUUCUCUUUUGACCCUUUUCCUCGUGUGGCAAGUCAACUAUGGCGAAUGCGGCUGACGACAGGAUUGAGCGUGGAGCGCAGGCACAGUCGUCAGAUCAGCCACGGGAAGGCGGCUGGGGUAUAGUGGUGGUCGUCGCAGCGCACUUGUCCUUGGCGAUCCAGUGGGGUUUCCAAAGAGCCGGGGGAGUCUUGUACCUCAGCUGGAAGGAAGAUUUCGACACCAAGGACAAAGAGACGGCAGCAGUUCAAAGCAUUUUCUCUUCCUUGUCUUGUUUCACUGGUCUCUUCGCUGGCAUGCUGACGGACCGACUCGGCUGCAGAGUCUCGGGAAUCAUCGGCGGAGUGUUGACGUCUCUCGGUCUCUUCUGCAGCUAUUGGGUGACUGACAUAGUCCAGCUUUACUGCACAGCUGCCAUUAUCGGGAUUGGCAUGGGAAUUUGCUACAAUUCGAUUGUAGUUGUGGUUGCGAUUUACUUCAAAAGAAGGUACAAAAUAGCACACGCAUUGGUCUACGCUGGCGUUGGGACGGGGAUCAUGGCGGUACCGCCCCUACUGCAACUUCUCCUGGAAAGCUACGGUUGGCGGGGUACGCUUCUGGUCGCCUCUGGCAUCACGGCAAACAGCAUCGCUCUUUCGGCUCUUUUCCGCCCAAAUCGAGCUCCAGUCCCGCCGAAAUCUUUUAAGCAGCCUGAUUUGAAUCACCAGGGGUUAACUUUAAGAGUCAGGGUGCAUCCUGAGACCACAAAGGAGGAUGCUACGAGUGGCGACCACAACAGCGAUGAGAAGUCUCGCCAUGAUGAGAUCGAAGUAACGCGCCAAGCACACCGGGCACUUCCGGACAGUCAGACGGAUCUGGCCUCAGUCCAAUCCGACCCAAAGAACGUCAACCCGGUCAUUAUCGCACUGAAAAGAGUCUUUGUCAGUCUAGGAUUUCACCUUUUCGUCAAGAGCUACCGCUUCACUCUAAUGUGCGCCAUCCAGCUGGAGAGCCACAUCGCUUACAUGGGAUUCGUGAUCUAUCUCGUCCCCCGUGCUCAGAGCGUGGGUGUAGCGCCUUCUAACGCCGCCUUCCUGCUCAGUAUAUUCGGCAUCGGCAGCUUGCUCGGCCGCCUGGGGAACGGACUGCUGGUGAGCUGGAGGGUUUCGGCGGAACACGUGACAGCCAUCUCCAUGGUGAUCGCUGGCGCAUCCUUGCUCCUCCUGAACCUGGAGGGUUAUGCCAUUUUCGCCAUAGCCUCCUUUCUUCAUGGAUUGCUAUCGGGGAUCUUUUUCACCGUCGCGAUCGUCUUGAUCCAUCAGUUUGUCGGUGUGAACAAGUUGGCCGUCGGUGUUGGACUAAACAUGAUAUUUGUAGGCAUCGGAUCUCUGACUGGACCCGUGUUUGCGGGUUGGAUUCUGGACAUGACCGAUUCCAGCUACCAGACGGUCUUCUACGUGCUCAGCGCAGUUUAUUUCAUCUGCGGCGUGCAGAUGUUCCUCUUACCCCAAUUGAAAAGAGUCGAACCGGGCAUUUAGUGAAGCCCUGAGUUGGAGAGAACCGGCCUUUACUCUGCAAAAACUUCGGUGUAACACUGGCCCUGUGUGGUAUCAGACCAGAUCUAGCAGUCCUGUGAAUGAUUGGUGGUCCUGUGCAGAACUUUGUAGAUCUUGUCCUAUUGUCUGGUUGAGGCAGCUAUUUCGAGUAGCCGAUUCUUAUUACUACGAUUUGCAAGUAUUUACACAUAAAAACAAACAAAUACAAACAAAAUAAAACCAAAAAACGACGAGGCUCUUGGGCUUAUCUGUUAGAUAACUUUCUACUAUGUCUUGAUGUUUACAUAAUAGAUCCAAGUAUAGUCGCUGUUGGUUAUGUUGGGCUGUCCCUACCCUACCAUCCAAUGAAAAAAAUCGAACUGGCGAGGAACUAGUACUGUCAUAUCGAGUAAAACGUUACAACAUUAUAUAUUUUUUUCCAAACUUAAAUUAUUAAAAAAGAAUGAUGAAAUGCUAUGUGUUUGUAUUUAAAAAAUAGCAAGUUACACGGCGUCAUUAGUAAAUAUAAUAACACGCAAAAAAUAGAGGAACUUGGAAGCUUGGCAGAAAGCAGUUUUUUCCCGUGGCCAACUCCCAUUGCCUGUGAUAAACAUGCUUGCACUCAAACUUAAAUGAAGUAGGAUUGAUUUCUAAAAUAAAAGUGUAAAUAGAACUACGUUAUCGCUAUUUUUAUUUCUGUAACUUAAUGAGCAGAGCUCUUGCAAAAUGCAGGUGUGUUAUUAUUGCAGGGUUUGUCUACAAUGUGCCAAAAACCCAUUCCCUCAAAUACAAAAAAUCAGCUUGCUAUGUUUUAUCGUGUCGCACACUUUUAUAUUUCAUUCCAUAUUAAAUCACGAAAGAUCGUACUGAGAAUUUCCUAAACACUUAUUUAACCAAUGAAAAUCGUUGUUCAAAAGACAUUGCAUGUCAACGAAUUAAAUGAACCAAAGCUUUAUCAUUAA